GUACACGAAACCAACCAAUCUCACGUGUCUGCUUGCAGUCCGAUACUCUUCUUACUGUCUUACCUCUCUUCGUUAAAUUUCCAGAUUCAAUUCCAAACCUCCAUCUCCGCUCCUCUUACAUGUGUCACAGGAUUCAUGCCAACACACGAUCAGAUAUACGUUUCUGCGUUCCAAUCCGACGAACUGAAACACUGUAGGGACGUCCCAUACGCGACGAGCUUCUCUCGAUUGGGAUUGAAUUAAAUUAAAGAUCGUUUUUUUUUUCGCAAGUGUAUCAGAUAAAAAUCUUGAGGGAGACACAGUUUUAAUGUUCUUUCUUUUACCGCAUAGAGUGAAGACAAAAUGAAUAAGCGUGGCGCAUUUGCUGCUUCCAUCAUAGCUUUCUCAUUUAUUAAAAGUUAUAUACUCUAGAUCUCCCGAAUCUCUCAUUCACUGUCAUUCACUCUCCGCCUCCUCUCCCUUCCCUCUCUAUAAUUCGAACCUGCAUCUUUCAGAGACAAAGGAGCGAGAAGCUAGUUUCUUAUGCAAAAGCUUUAGGAUCCCAUUGUCUCUCUGCAAUCAAACUUCAAAUCUAAUACAAGGUAAUGGGAGUUUGGGCUGGUGUCCAUUCAUACAAUUGUAUGAAGUAAGAAAUUGGAUUAGUGGGUUUCUGUGAAAAGAGUGUUUAAUUUGCUAGCUAGCUAGUUCUUUCAAUUCUCAUCAAAGAGUGUCGAGGGUUGACGUAAUAAGUUAAAGAGGAUUAGAGGCUGCAGCUUCCGAGAAUGAAACUGGUCUUAGGAUUUUGGGUUUUGGUGGGUUUUGUGGGAUGGUGUUGGUGGAAGAGGAAGAGCAAGAAACGAUUAGAGAACAAGGCUGCGAUUCCUAGAGGGAGUUCAGGGUGGCCUCUAAUAGGAGAGACUCUGGAUUUCAUCGCCUCCGGCUACACCUCUCGACCUGUUAGCUUCAUGGAAAAGCGCAAAGCUCUAUAUGGGAAGGUGUUCAGAUCUCACAUAUUAGGAGUACCCAUCAUAAUUUCCACUGAUCCGGACGUGAACAAGGUGGUUUUGCAGAACAAUGGAAGCAUCUUCAUCCCUUUCUACCCCAAAUCGAUCACCGAAUUACUGGGAAAAUCUUCUAUACUUCAAAUGAACGGUAAUCUACAGAAGAGAGUGCAUGGUUUAAUAGGAAGCUUCCUUAAGUCUCCUCAACUCAAAGCUCGAAUCACACGAGAGAUAGAGAAGGCUGUCGAUCAAACCAUGGGAACUUGGAAGGAGGGAAACCUCGUUUACAUGCAAGAAGAAACCAGAAACAUUACUUUCCAAGUGUUGGUUAAAGCAUUGAUGAGCGUUGGCCCAGGCGAAGAUUUACAGUUCUUGAGAAGAGAGUUUGGAGAAUUCAUUAAAGGUUUGGUCUGUUUACCGAUUAAGCUACCGGGAACCAGACUGUAUAAAUCAUUGAAGGCUAAGGAAAGGCUGUUGAAGAUGGUGAGGAGAAUUGUGGAGGAGAAGAAAAUGAAAAUGGAGAACACAGACGAGAGAGGUCCUCCCAUGGACGCAGUAGAUGUGUUGUUGUGUGACUCUGGUGAAGCAGCUGAUGAGAAGCAACGGUUACCGUUGGAUUUCAUCAGUGGGAAUAUUAUUGGGAUGAUGAUACCGGGAGAGGACUCGGUGCCCAUGCUGAUGACACUCGCAAUCAAAUACCUUAGUGAUUCUCCUCUCGCUCUAAGGCAAUUACAGGAGGAGAACAUGGAGUUGAAAAGACGGAAGGCCCAUUUGGGUGAAGAUUAUGCUUGGACUGAUUACAUGUCAUUGCCGUUUACCCAAAAUGUGAUUAAUGAGACUCUCAGAAUGGCGAACAUCAUCAAUGCUGUUUGGAGAAAAACUCUGAAGGACAUAGAAAUCAAGGGUUAUUUUAUUCCCAAAGGAUGGUGCGUAUUGGCGUCGUUUGUGUCUGUUCACAUGAAUGAAGAGAACUAUGAGGACCCUUACAGAUUUGAUCCUUGGAGAUGGGAGAGAAAAGGAGGGAACUUUAACUAUAACAACUGCUUUACACCAUUUGGUGGAGGGCAGAGGUUGUGUCCUGGUUUUGAACUCUCGAGGCUGGAAGUCUCCAUUUUCCUCCAUCACCUUGUCACCCGCUACAGAUGGGUGGCUGAGGAAGAUUGCAUCGUCAACUUUCCGACAGUGAAGAUGAAGAGGAAACUGCCCGUCGUCGUCACAUCCAUCUCAUCUUAGGAUUUGUUCGAUAGCAGCUUGAGCUUAUCGGCUUAUCAGGAAGAGAAACCUCCUUGGCUCCAUAAAUCCGUACCAGCUGUAUGCAAAUAUAUAUUAUCUGUAAUUAAAUAAAUUGGACUGAUGAUAGGUGAAGAUGUAAUGGUAUUAUCUCUUUUGUCGCUGUCUUCUGGAUUGUCUGUCUCCAUUUUCUCCCUCCAGAAUCCAAAUAGAAUGCAAGAUGAUUGUUGGAUUUAAUGAACAGAUCGAAAUCGAAAACUCCAGGCCAGCUCGUCCUUA